UGUGACGUAGUUAGUUUUGGAGGCGUUGUCACCGUCUGCUUCUAAACCCUGAGGCGGCGAAAAGACGUCCAUUGAGAGGACCCUGAGAGUGUCCGGAGUCAAAUACUUUGAAACGUACUCUACGUCUUAUACAAAUAGCUCCACUGAGUAAUCUGAACCUCUCGAAAUGAUCAAAAACGGUCACCACGCAGCAAGCGAGCAGCGGGACGACGCGGGUCAGCCGAGAGGCUCCUCGGGGUGCAGCCCGGAGAAAAGGAAGCGGGUCGUCCGGCUGUGGUGCGACGGCUGUUAUGACAUGGUUCACUACGGUCACUCCAACCAGCUGCGACAGGCCAAAGCCAUGGGAGAUUACCUCGUAGUCGGAGUGCAUACAGAUGCUGAGAUUUCCAAGCACAAGGGUCCUCCGGUCUUCACUCAGGAAGAACGCUACAAGAUGGUACGGGCCAUCAAGUGGGUGGAUGAGAUGAUCGAAGGAGCCCCAUACGUCACCACACUGGAGACUCUGGACAAGUACAACUGUGACUUCUGUGUGCACGGAGAUGACAUCACGCUGACGGUGGAUGGUAAGGACACGUAUGAGGAGGUGAAGCGUGAAGGCCGCUACCGAGAAUGUAAACGCACACAGGGCGUCUCCACCACUGACCUGGUGGGACGAAUGCUUCUCAUGACCAAAACCCAUCACAGCAACAUGGAUAAUCCAGAUUACCAGCAGCAUACAGACAAUUUUGGAAAAGGUCCUAAAGGCCACAGUCCAUGGACAGGAGUGUCGCAGUUCCUACAGACAUCCCAGAAGAUUAUCCAGUUUGCCUCAGGAAAGGAGCCUCAGCCUGGAGACACCAUCAUCUAUGUGGCCGGGGCAUUUGACCUCUUCCACAUUGGCCAUGUUGACUUCUUAGAGAUGGUCUAUAAGCAGGCGGAGAGGCCCUACGUCAUCGUGGGUCUGCACUUUGAUCAGGAAGUGAAUCGGUACAAGGGGAAGAAUUAUCCAAUCAUGAACAUCCAUGAGAGGACGCUGAGUGUCCUGGCCUGUCGGUAUGUGUCCGAGGUGGUGAUCGGUGCUCCCUAUGCAGUGGGAAAAGACCUGCUGGAUCAUUUUAAGGUUGACCUGGUGUGUCAUGGCAAGACGGAGGUGAUCCCAGACAAAGAUGCAUCAGACCCCUACGCUGAGGCUAAGAAGAGGGGGAUAUUCAAGACCAUCGAUAGUGGGAACAACCUCACCACUGAUGACAUUGUCCAGAGGAUCAUUGAAAACAGGUUGCAGUUUGAAGCCAGGAAUCAGAAGAAGGAGGCCAAGGAGAUGGCGAUGAUCGAGGCGAUGAAGAGGAGAGAGCAGCAGGAGCAGAGUGAAGGUGUUGCUCAGAGUGAAGGUGUUGCUCACUAGUGAGACCUCAGACCUGGUUCUGUGUCUGAUUUACUCGUCCUGGUACACACAGCUUUAAGAGGGUGGACUGAACUGACCCAAACAGACGGCCAUAUUGGACCUGGCUGGGGGGGGACGCAGAACCCUGCUUUAGAUAUUUGUUGCACACUGCUGGCUUAGCUUCUCUCAGCCUUUAUCAAUACUGACGGAUCCAGCCUAAACUAUAUGAUCUGCCGUGACACAACACAAAGAAUCCAAACUCAUAUUACGUUUUAUCCCUUUUAAACCGCUUGUCUUCCACAGUGAACCUUUUAAUGAUAUCUUCUGUCAUGUAGUGUUUUUUUCCAGGAAAUCGCACACUAUGUGAUCCUGUUUAGGUGUCGAAUUUUGUGAUAAGCCAUAACUUGAAAUGUUAAUAACAUUGUCAGUUGUUUUUUUAGUUUUUUUAAACCAUCUAUUCUUUAAGAAGUGUCAUCAGUCUCAUUGAAUGUGGUCUAUAUUUCAAUACACUGAAUAAUAGAUUUAAUUGAAUUUCUAAAAGUAACUUUGUUUUUUUCCAUUCUGGACAAACAUAAUUAUUAGUAUGUUAAGUGAUCUGUGGAAUAGUCUUUUAAUUUUAAAUGUGCAUUUUAAUUCCCAGAUUUUGCACCGAGUCUGCUUGUGUUUGUCUGUGUGUGCGUGUGCGUGUGCGUGCGCGGGAGAGUGUGAGAGAGCGUAAGAGAGAGGGAGUUGAGUGAGGUCAGCGAGUGAGUGUUUGCGCUGUAAUCAACAGUAAUUUUGUGCCUCAUUCCACAAGCUAUAACUAAUUUAAGGGCUGUGAAUUGUAUCAAAAAGUCUAAACUGUGUCUCUAGAACUGUUGGUAAAGUCUCUGCUCAUACUACUAAGUAUCAAAUAACUUAAUUAACUGGGACUCGGUAUCACGGUCAAACUGCCUGUGCAAAUAUUCAUUGAUUGCUUUUCUUGUUGUAUCGGGCAAAUUACUCUGAGAUGAAUUAUAAAUGAUGCGAUGCUCUGGAAUGAAUAUAUUUAGUUACUAAAGUUACUAAAUAGUAGAUGGGAAUGGAACCACCUUUCAAUCACUAUAAUGCAAUGUGUAAACCUCUGCUUUAAUAAAUGAAUGGGUAUUAUGGCAAAGGGUCAUCUGA